CAGGAGGAGAAUGCCACAAUCGUAAAGCUGAGGUGUUGCUCAGCUUAUCACAAACUGUAUGUGACCUGUGUUUCCCAAAUGGGAAUGGCCACCAUCUCUGGAUCACACCUCUUUUCCACAGCAUUCCACUUAAUGCAUCAUCCUCCUCCUCGGUGACACAAAGGGGCCGCAGGUAUAAAAGAAGUGUAUGUUCCCUCAACGUUCACACUCCACUCUCUUCUUCAGUCCUCGUCCUUUGACGUCCUUUGAGUCUCAGCUGUGUCCGUGAGAUCAGACGCUAAGAUGACUUUCUACGAUGACAUUUACCCAUUCUACGUCGUACAAAGGACUGCCUUCAUCUUCAGUACCCGCUUGCUCACCAUUAUUCUGGUCUUCCUUGUGGUAGCAGUCGGUCUUCUCCUCAUUCUGCCAGGGAUACGAGGGAAGUCGCGUGUGCUGUGGAUGUUCAGAAUAAUUAUCAGCUUGUUCAUAGGCGCGGUGAUAGUGGCGCUCAACUUUACCAGCGACUGGGCUGAGGCUAGUGUGACCACAAACGCCACCUACAAGUCUUUCAGCAACGCGGUGAUUAACGCUGACAUCGGCCUGCAUGUUGGACUGUACGGCAUCAACGUUACUCUGAAAGGGAAUCCUGUUGUACAGUUCAAUGAGACCAUUAACUACAAUGAGGUGUUCAGCUGGCAUGACACCAUGGCAAAAGUGUACGAGGAUGCUCUGGAGAGAGGUUUGCCAAACCCCAUCCUCUACAUUGCUGAGAAAUUCACCCUAAGCAGCCCAUGUGGUCUUAUCUUUCAGUACAGAUACUCUGGACGAUACGCUUCUGCAACUCUCUGGACAGCGUUUUGCUGCUGGUUGAUCGCCAACAUCCUCUUCUCCAUGCCCGUCAUUGUGUAUGCCGGCUACAUGAUGCUAGCCACCGCUGCCUUCAUUUUCUUCUCCAUGGCCUCAUUCUCCACCAUCAUGAAUGUGCCUCAGUGUGUUUUCUCCAUAGGAACUGCUUCCUUUGAAGCAGAAUACAGCCAUUCUUUCUGGCUGGCUCUGGCCACAGGUGUGCUUUGCACCAUCAUUGGGACUGCGGUGGUGAUUUUUGACUUUCUGGUACCAGAGAAGAUCAAAGAGGCUUUCAGUGUGGGUGUGGACAGCGAUGAAGAUGAUGAUGUUUCUUAUGGAGAGGGCUACAUGAAUUCAGUUUUCAUUGAUGCAGUGACGAUUUCUCCACUGCCAACAAAACUUCCAGCAGACCAUAUAUGAUGCCGUCGAGAUUUCCAUCAGGGAGGUUCUCCAACUAUUACUUGAAGAUAUUUGUGCUGAAUGUGUUACAGAUUAAGUCUGAUUUCACACCUGUUUUAAUUAUCCAUGUAAGUGUUCUGUGUUACACCUGAGAUAUCUGUAAAUAGUUGAAGUUGUAAAGUACAUUGUCAUGUUGCAGUAGUUGUAAAUAUAAUAAAAUUGUAUGAACUCCAUACAAUUUGUAUAUACACCAAUCAAUAUGGAUGAUAGGAAUGAGAUAAACAUGUUUAAUAUUGAUUAUAUUUAUGUUGGAUAGCCUCAUCAGGAUUUCUCGCAUCACAUGCAGAUUGUUUGGCACCAACAGGUUGUAAUAUGUGUAUAGUUUCUGAGCAGUUUCACAACUUCUGAGAUCCAAAUAAAUGUGAAAACACCAGAAGAAUAUUAAACUGCCCAGAUAAGUGAUUAUUCUGUAAUUCAGCCAAAUGUAUUUUAUAUCUUGUAAGCACCUUCUUUUUGACGUUGCACCUAAAUAAAAUAAAAACAAACAAGUGCUGAGCAGUGAA